CCAGCAGUUUUACAGCGAAGAUUCUGACUCGAGUCUAGAAAAUGGCUUGCAGAAGCUUACAGUAAGGACUUCUUGCCUGGAAAGAGUGAAUUUAUAUUUCCCAAACGUGGACAGAUUUCUUUAUAAUGUAUGAAUGAAAAGUCAGCUUGAGAAACAUCUCUGGGCAAACUGUACUACGAGAAAAUAAUUGAUCUGCAGUCUUUGUGUUGGAUUAUAUAUUUCAUUUGUGGAUUUCUACAAAAGCUAACUGUGUCAUCACUGGAGUAAACAUCAGUGUGCCUCUACCAUAAAAUGUGGAGUUCAGUUGUCAGCUGUUGGUUCGCGUGCAAGCAAAAGGAGCAACUGCUUUUGGACCUUUCCCUUACUUUACAAAUAAUCAGAUCUGGUUCUUUAAUUUAACCUGGCAUCAAAAGCAGCUCUAUGGGAUAGCACUGGUUGCCCAACAUGCCGGUAGCCAUACGUAAACGAAGCUGGGAGGAGCAUGUGACUCACCCAUCAGGAUUACAGUACAGCUAUGAUGAUCUGGAUCUAGUUUGCUGUCAUGGGGUUGAAGGUGAUGGGCUAUGGAUGGGUUCUGGGUCUUCCAGACAAGGUAGACGGGCAAGGUGUGCCUCCAUGCCCGAGGGCUGCCACCAGCUGCCUAUGAAUGACCUUGCUCGGCUUUGUGAGGGGACAGCUUCUAUUAUGAAUAAUGAUACUGAACCAGAACACUUAAAACUAAUGGAAAACAAUGGAAAGGAUUUGCAGGAGUUAGUGCAUGGGUCUUGUGAGUUGGUGAGUGCUGGCAAACUUCCAAGGACCUCUGAUUCAGAGCAUCUCCAAGCCACAAACACUGGGAAUUUUGGAGAGCUUCAUAAUUCAAACAGUGGUAUGUCUAGUGCAAAUAUUUCUUGUGCAACUCACAGCAGUGAUAAAGCUAUCAAAAAUAAAAGUGAUUUUGGCACAGGAAGUUGCCAGAAUCACAGCAUGUGCGAUGACAGUGUCUUUAAAAGUGCAGAUAUCGCUCAGCAACAAUGCAUCUCUAUCUCUUCCAACAAUGGGGCUCCAUUGUCUGAAUGUGCUGGUGAGCAACCUGGCAGAUGUCCAAACCAUCAGGACACAAAAGAGAGCCAUACAGAGGGUUACAGCAGACCUCCUGAAAUCUCUGGGGCCACAGUAAACUGGUGCUCUGCUGGUGAACUUAAACCUCAAGCUGACCUCCCAGAUGUUGAGGAAGGCAAGACUGUCACCUCUGACCAGGCUGGUGUGAGUGUUAGUGUGCUGCAAACCUCAGCUAAUAUGGAGGGUGGUGAAGCAUUCUUGCAGAUUAACAAAACUGUGGAAUCAUUAGUAGCAGAUGAAGAAUGCGGCAAAGGAAUAUCUGAGAGCUGGAAUGCACGUUCUGCUGACAAGCUGGAUGGAUUGAAUGAUCUAGAAACUCUAAAUGAAAACACAGGACUUAACCAUAAAGAGUCAAGAGUAAUUCAAGGAGAAGAGCAGGAUCACAAAGAUUGUGCUGGACCGUUGGACAAGGAUCGUGGUUGGGAAAUAUCCUACCAGACAUCGCUGGAAAAGCACAAUGUUGAAAUGACGGCACAGAACUGGCUCCUUGGAAAGGAAAGUACACAAGCCGAAAGCAGCAAGGAAGCAGGACGCGUCAGGCCUAUUGAAUCACCUGAUGUCAUAAAGCAGGACUGCUCUUCAGUGGUGGAGGGUAAUGUGCCAUCCGGUAAAAUGAAUGCUGGACAUGCAGGAGAUGCCACUGGAGCAAACACUAUACAAUGUGCAGAUGAGGAUGUGAAAAGUUCUGCAAGUGAUCCAGUUGAAAAUACUGAUCAAAGUUUAUUGCCUGUUAGUGAGGAUCUCAGUAUUCCUCAUCAAGCAGAAUAUAGUUGUUCAAAACUGGACACUAUACCAGAGAUUGGCACUGUGGAGGCCAAUGACAGCUCUCUAUUUGAUGCCCAAAAGAAUAAUAAUGUUAAUAUUACCCCAAAUCCAGCUGCUGACCACUGCUGUUUGGAUGACAAACAUGAGGUUACUGAACAACACAUGCCAAACCUGCCACCAGGCUCUACAGAGGUCAACGAGGGACUCCAUGGUAACCAAGCCUCAGGUCCUCACUUCAGUGAGUCACCUGCCUCUGAGGUAGCAGAUGGUCACAGGGAACACCACCGGCCAGGAGCCACACUUUCCAAAAUGGAGGAGUCAAAUGAAGACAUACGCUCAGUUAUCUACAGCGACACACAAGACGCCAGUUCACCUAUUGAUGGAACAUAUGAGUGUGCAGAUCAGAAAGAGGACAAGGUGGUCAAAGUGCGGCUGAAAAAGCGUGGGCAUGCUCGUCUGGACUCGAUGGUGCUGCUGCUGAUGAAGCUGGACCAGCUAGAUCAGGAAAUUGAAAAUGCCCUCAUUGCUACUUCCUCUAUGGACAGCGCCGCCACCUUCCAUCGACGGCAUCACACGGAGUUGGAUUCAGAUGCAUCUACAGCAGCGUCACAAGUACCCACACAUACACAUGCUGCUGCUGGUGCUGCUUUGACCUCAGGAUCUGCACAAGCCCUUGGAGCAAAACCUAAGAGUGGGAGCACCCUCGUUGUUCCUGAGAAAGAAAAAGCCGAGAUUGAAGCCAAAGAGGCCUGUACCUGGCUCCGAGCUGCAGGGUUCCCACAGUAUGCCCAGCUUUACGAAGAUGCCCAGUUUCCCAUUGACAUUUCUUCAGUCACCAGAGACCAUGACUUCCUCGAUCGGGAUGCUAUUGAGGCUCUCUGCAGGAGACUGAACACCCUCAAUAAGUGCGCUCUAAUGAGACUGGAGAUCUCACCACAAAGAAAAAGAAGUGAGGACUCCGAUGAGGAUGAGCCUUGUGCCAUCAGUGGCCGCUGGACCUUCCAGAGGGACAGCAAGCGUUGGUCUCGGAUGGAGGAGCUGGAGGUUUUCUCCGCAUUGCCCACAGAUGCCUCCCAGCCCCCAUUUCCCAAGGACCAAGCAUCCCAGAAAGGCAAACUCACCCUCCGUGAAGGCACUAGUUCGGAGAGUGUGCUGACUGACCUCAGUGAGCAGCCUGAAGUUGGCUCUAUACACAGCAGUGGGAGUGGAGGAAGAGGAGAAGAGAAGACCCAUAGUGCUGCUCUGGUAAAUGAAGCUGUGCCUGCUAAUGCCACUCGUGCCAGCUCGGUAGCUAGCAUGUGCUCAUCGUCAGGCACAGGUGGGUCAGGAUGUGCUAAUGAGGACUCUCUGUCUGAUGGAUUGCCUCCAUCGCCCUUAGAUACCUUCAGACAGUUCACCUUUGAUGUAAAGACAGGGGUGUCAGGACGAGGAGGAAGUCUGGAUCGAGGAGGUGGCAGUGGCAAAAGUACACGUUCAAGAGCAAAGAGCUUCCUCAAGAGGAUGGAGAGUCUGCGGCUUCGCAGUGGCAGCUCCUCUAAGAGAAAGAAAAAGGGGACCACCAGUGGAGGCAAAAUAGAAAUCAGCGGCCCUGUUGUCAAAGAGGGUCUCGAUGAUGACAAACUGCGGAGGCUUAACUGUGUGGAUAUUUCCAGUCUCAACCUCAACCAGAAUCUCAAUCACCUCCGCAAUCCUACUCAGACUAUGACGCUUAAUCGCAAUCGCUCUGUAUCCUACUCCACUCAGACCAGCAACGGAAGCACUGGAAGUACUGGGAGCAGCCAGUCUGAAGCAAGCAGUGGUAGUGCGGUGAGCACACCGAGCCCAGUGACUCGAGCUCGCAGCCACAGCGCAGCAGCGAGCUCGGGUAAGCGAGGGGGGAUGUAUUUGGAGGGUUUUGAUCCUUUCAGCAUUCUCCAGCAAGCUUCAGAUCAACAGCCAACACCCAAGUCUGCCCCACCCAUCCCCUGCCACGCUAGUAAUGGGAUGAUAAUUGAUGAGCAGAACCACAGAAACAACUACAGUGUCCAAGACAAUAGCAGACAAGUGGAAGAAGAAGAAGAGGAAGAGGAGGGCAUGAUCUUUUUCUAUUUACCAGAAGGCCACAAGCCUGGAACCUUUCCCAAAGCCCUCCAGGAUGGGAGUUCACGCAGUAAUGAUAAUGGAAACUCUGUGAUCCUCCGGGGACGGCACAGCAGACGCCAGCGUCGUGGCUCAUCGGGCUCAGUCGACAGCCGUCUGAGCGUUUAUGACAAUGUCCCUUACACUGAGCGAGAGGAGGGAGAGGAGGAAGAGGGGGAUGAACGCAAAUUAGAUGAAGUGCUUCAACAUGUCAGCGGCCUGCCGCGUUUUGUUAAUGCCUGGUCUGAGGAUGCAGCCGGUGAAGAGGAGGAAGAGGAGGAAGAUGAAGAGGAAGAAGGAGACUCUGAUUCAGCUCUGGACUCAGCCUCCCCGUGCCCGUCCUCUCCUCUGCAGAACCGACUGGAGGAGGCCGAGAACGGAAGCGACCAAGACAGCACUGGAAACCCCUUGGGUGAGGGAGAGGACGGAAUGAGGGAGAGAAGAGACUCUGGCGUUGGAGCAUCUCUAACCCGAACCAGCAGACCACAGAAACUACGCUGGCCCAGCUUCCAGAACUCCCAUCGGCCCAGCUUGGCCUCUGCCCAGCUCCAGAUUAGCUGCCAGUCUGUACUACAGAUGAAUCUGCUGCAGAAGCUCUCCCUUCUGCAACUCACUGCUCUGCUGGAGAAACACACCCCUACAAACAAACACGGCUUCAGUUGGGCUGUGCCAAAGUUUAUAAAGCGGAUCAAGGUGCGCGACUACAAAGACAGGAAUGUGUUUGGUGUGCCACUGCAAGUCAUCGUCCAGCGGACAGGCCAGCCCCUGCCUCAAGGAAUUCAGCAGGCCAUGCGCUACUUACGUAAUCAAUGCCUCGACCAGGUGGGUCUUUUCAGGAAAUCGGGCGUAAAAUCUCGCAUCCAAGCCCUCCGUCAGAUGAAUGAGGCGAGUGGUGCAGACGGGGGAGGAGUCAACUACGAGGGCCAGUCAGCUUACGACGUUGCCGACAUGCUGAAGCAAUACUUCAGAGAUUUACCUGAGCCCCUGCUUACUAGCAAACUUUCAGAGACCUUCCUCCAGAUCUAUCAGUACAUGCCUAAAGAGCUCCGCCUUCAGGCAGCCCGUGCUGCUGUGCUGCUCCUACCGGAUGAGAACCGAGAGGCGCUCCGGACGCUGCUGUGUCUGCUAAGCGAUGUGACGGCCAGCGUGGCUGAGAAUCAGAUGACUCCCACCAAUCUGGCAGUUUGUCUGGCCCCGUCCGUUUUCCACCUUAACACUCUUCGACGCAAGGAGAGCUCCUCGCCAAGGGUGAUGAACCGGAAGCAGACACUCGGAAAGCCGGAUCAGAGGGACCUGAACGAAAACCUUGCUGCCACUCAUGGCCUGGCACACAUGAUCCAGGAGUGCAGGAAACUCUUUAGGAUCCCAGAAGAAAUGAAUCGCUGCAGGAACUCGUACAUGGAGCAGGCUUUGCUGCCUCAACGCUUGGAGGAGCUUGCAGGUGAAGAGGCUGCGCAUGGAGGCUACAGGGCCUACCUACAAGACAGCCUAGACACUCUCCUCAAAGAGGCUAAAGACAAGUUCAAAGGAUAUGACAGCUGCUCCACGCCCGAGCACGCUGACCUGGCCUGUAGGAAGGUGCAUGAUGGGUUUCCACUGCGGCUGUGGAAAGUAACGGUGGAGGUUCCCGCAGCUCCUGAAGAGGUCCUGACACGGGUGCUGCGAGAGCAGGGACACUGGGAUGAGGACCUGCUCGAGAGCCGUGUAGUGGAGACCCUCGAUGACAGGACAGAGGUCUACCAGUAUGUGAGGAACUCCAUGGCUCCACAUCCUAUCAGAGACCACGUCAUACUCAGAACAUGGGUAACGGACCUGCCGAAGGGAGCGUGUGCACUCGUGUGUACCUCUGUGGACCAUGAAGGGGCGCCUGUGGUGGGCGUCCGAGCCAAUGUUCUCACUUCACGCUACUUCAUAGAGCCCUGUGGAGCCAACAAAUCCAGACUCACGCACAUUUCCAGAAACGACUGCAGGGGUCGUUUCCCAGAGUGGUACAAUAAACUGUAUGGACACUUGUGCGCUGCCGAGGUGGCACGAAUACGAGAUUCAUUCACCGUGUCCAUGGACAAAUGAGAAAGUGCCCUGCUAUUUGAAAGGCAGCAGUUUUUUUGGAUUGAAGUGAUCCAUUCCCCCAGAGAGUCCAAGCCUCCUUAUCUUCACAUUUAAAGGACAAACCCCAAACCCUGGGUUGAAGGCCUUUUUUUUUUUUUUUUUUUUGUCCAGAUUGAUUUUAAGUUUUUUUUUUUUGUUUUUUUUUUUAACUGAACUUUUGGGCCUCUUAGUGUGCUGCCAGGAGGACUCAUGUCUGACAAACAUUUAUCUGGGCCAGAGGAGAUGAUGUUGCUACAGGAUGUAUGGUUUGUCCAAAAGGGUGCUAUUGCUUCUGAGAAGCAAAAGGGGAUUAAAUGUGUGCAUGAGAGAGCGUGUGUGCAAAACGGCAGUUAACACAGAUUUGGCAUACUGGUUUCCAGUAGCAGAAUAACGUGUACAUGGUAUUCUGUUCAGAUUAAAGGUUGGUGUAUGUCUCGCGUUACCGCUGCUCCUUUUUCUGUUACAGCAAAGCACAGCAGACAUUAUUAUGGCCAGCUGAUUGAUGAAUCCGCAGGUGAAGAAAGAUGUGAAUGUGCCGGUAAUACGCAGACUGAGUGGAGACAAUAGAUAGGAUAUUGUGAGAUGACAGGUGGCCGGUAGCACAAAGGGUUUUAGUCUUUCAGGGUAGAGACAGAUGAGUACUGGUGGCUGGCUCACCAAAAAGAGAGGAACGAUCAAAGGAAGGGCCUCAUUUACUAACAUACAGACAGAUGUCUCCUAAUUCCCUCAAGAAGAAUUUAAUUCAAGCAAUCACCAGUGCCACAUCACGCCAUUGUUUAUGUUUUUGGCGAUGCACAGGCACAGUCUAUUUCUAUAAAGUGACAAAUAAGAAAAGUAAGAUGUUGUUAGGAGCUGAAAUUGAAGACCAAACAUAUUUAAUGGACCAACUUUUAAAAAAAAAAGAAAGAAAAAGGAGCUUCCCCAUAGUGAGCUUUUCCUCACUGUAACAAGUGUUAGUGGUGGACUUGUUUAAAGCACAGUACAGUUUUUGAAAUUUUAGGAUGGACAUCACUUGUAUUGUAUCAACAUUUUAAAAAAAAACAUAUAAUGCUUUUACUGUUUUGAUGUAGAUGAGAACAGAAAGUAAGUUGAGGAGAAAAAAA